AUGACCACAGAUUUGGAACUAAGUGAAGAGGAACUGAAAAAUUAUGCUCUUUUGGAGAUUGAAAAGAUAUUGCGUAGUAGAGGGAAGAGUCUUCAUGAAUUUAAAUCAAUGUCAUUUCCGUACGAGAUCGACAUUUCACUUUCAGAAAAUAGGCUUAUCCACGAUAAGAUGCGAUAUGAUAGAAGGUCUCUUGUCGAAGAUCACAAGUUGUUUGUUUCCAGAUUGACAGGUGAGCAAAGAAGCGUUUAUGAUACGAUAAUGAGUGAUGUUCAAUCUGAUCAAGGUGGUGUAUUCUUUUUCUACGGAUGCGGUGGCACGGGGAAAACAUUUGUAUGGAAAACCCUUUCUGCAGGUUUGCGAUCAAAAGGGGAAGUUGUCUUAAAUGUGGCAUCAAGUGGAAUUGCAUCUUUGCUCUUGCUCGGUGGUAGAACAUCCCAUUUAAGAUUUGCGAUCCCUCUCAAUCCGACCGAAGACUCCACGUGCAACAUUAAACAUGGGAGUCCAUUAGCUGAAUUGAUAUUAAAGACAAAGCUUAUUAUUUGGGAUGAAGCUCCUAUGAUGCAUAGAUACUGUUUCGAGGCACUUGACAAGACUCUGCGAGAUAUUAUGAGAUUCAAAAAUCCAUCAAGUUUAGACCAACCAUUCGGAGGGAAAACUGUGGUGUUUGGUGGGGAUUUCAGGCAAAUUUUACCAAUCAUACCGAAAGGUAGUAGGCAAGAUAUUGUGUAUGCAACAAUUAAUUCAUCUUAUUUGUGGCAACAUUGCAAGGUGUUGAAAUUGACAAAGAAUAUGAGACUCCAAAAUCUCAUUGAUAACGAUCAUAGUGUUUACUUGAAAGAGUUUUCUGAAUGGAUAUCAAGCAUCGAUAACGGGAUUUUAGGUGGCCGAAAUGAUGGACAUGCAACUGUGGAAAUACCGGAUGAUAUUUUGAUACAUGGGUCCGGUAAUAUGAUUGAAUCAAUUGUUGAGACCACUUACCCGUCGUUUUCAAACAAUGUUGGUAAUACGUCCUACUUGCAAGGUAGGGCCAUUCUUACACCAACAUUGGAGGUCGUUGAAUCUGUCAACGAUUACAUGGUUUCUAUUAGUGAUUGUGAAGGAACGACAUACUUCAAUUUAGAUACGAUUUGUAGGUUAGAUACAAAUGUUGAUUUGUUGGAAGAUCUUCAUUCCACAGAAUUUUUAAACAGUAUCAAAUGUUCUAGUGUCCCUAACCACGAGUUGAGAUUACAGGUUGGUAUUCCGAUUAUGUUGUUGAGGAACAUUGAUCAUACUGCCGGACUUUGCAAUGGGACUAGGCUAAUUGUUACAAGACUUGGAAGUCACAUGUUGGAGGCUACAAUAUUGUCGGGUACUAAUGCAAGGCAUAAAGUGUUAAUUCCGAGAAUGUCGUUGACUCCAUUCGAUACAAGGUUGCCCUUCAAAUUUCAACGAAGAUAA